AAAUCGAAGCCCGUGAAUGGAUUCAUUGUCAUGACUGAUAACGAUAAUGAAGUUUACUAACCGGCGAACUUGUAAACAGUGAUCAGUGUUAAGCUAAGGUUUUUAUUUUUUCUCUUGCUCUGUUUCUGUGGAAAUAAUGGGACUGCUCACAGACCCGUCUGGUCUGCGGGGACGUCCGUUUCAGUUCCUUGUUAAAAACCACGGAGGGAUUUGCGCUUUUCUUUAUUUACUGUCCGUUGUUUGGUACUGCCUGCUCGCCCACGACCAGAUAAACGCUGGUACUUACCUUUCGGAGAACGCUCUUCUUCCUGGCCUCGUUGCGCUUGACUCGGAUGUGUCGAGGGAUGUCGUGCAUUAUGUCGAGCUGCUUGAAGCAGUGCUUGAUAGGGAGCCUGACACUCUUCCGACAUCUUGGAUCCGUGGGACUUUCACCCAGAUGGGCAUAGAAUCCUACGUUCACAACUUUACUCUCAAACACCCCUUAAACCGCGGGCUGAGCUAUGAAGGAAAGAACGUGUACGGUAUUAUAAGAGGGGGAGGGUCAUCCAAUGAAGCCAUCGUUCUGUCUGUGCCGUUCCGAGGGAAAGAUUCACCCUAUCCAAGCACAAAGGUGUCCAUCGCACUGCUCCUUGCGAUCGCCCACUAUUUCCGAAAACAGAAAUAUUGGGCCAAGGAUAUUAUCUUGCUAAUAACACAACAUGAACUUCUUGGCACACAGGCAUGGCUCGAAGCAUACCACGGGACCAGCUGUGGUACAAAAGGAGUGUUGGAAGCUGGUGAGCUUGAAGCAAGAGGGGGAUCUAUUCAGGCAGCUCUCAAUUUGGAGAUCCACAGCUCCCGUAUCGAAAGGCUAGAGGUUAAGCUCCUCGGGCUAAACGGUCAGCUUCCAAAUCUUGACCUUGUAAAUCUCGUCCAUCGUAUUUGUGCCAAGGAGAGGGUAAAACAUUCUUUUGCCGGAAGGGAAAAACUUCAUAGUCUUUCUCCUAAGGAACAAUGGCUUUAUUCACUCGGGACCAUGACGACAAUGGUGCUCGGACAAGCGACUGGAGUACCAGAUGGGAAUCACGGUCUUUUCCAUAGGUUUGGGAUAGAGGCAGUGACUGUUGAGAGUGAGGAAAAGGUUGGUGCAGGGCAUGGUGUACCUAUGAGGAGUGUGGGGCGUGUGGUUGAAGGGGUGUUUCGCUCUAUAAACAAUCUCCUCGAGAGGUUCCAUCAGUCUUAUUUUUUCUAUAUACUAGCAGACACAGACAAAUUUAUAUCUAUAGCACUCUAUAUUGUUUGUAUUGGAGCACAAGCAGCUCCACUUCUUAUAAAAGCUUUCGCCGACCAGGUCAGCUUACGAAGCCUUUCCGAUCAAAAAUCUCCUGAUUAUUCUUACAAUGUUGGAGGAGUGUUUUUAGCGAUACUGUACUGCUUUGUGCUCGGCCUUAUGGCUUUUCAUGUACCAGUUUUCUUUUCGGACCUCCUACGGGGAAUUUUCAGCACAAGAGCAGCCGUUCUGACAGGAUUUGUCGUUUUAUCCGUCUUUGGCAUUCUCACCAUCGAGAUAUUUGGGCAUUUGUCGACGCCAAAAGAAUGGUCCCUGCUUAAAAUAUCAGCCCUUAUUCAUGCAGCAACGAUGCUCCUGGCAGUGUCCAUGUCCAACUUUUCCUUGGCGUUCGUCAAUGGCGUACUGAUCGUCCCGAUGGUCCUCCUAGUGUGCAGCGGUUCUUCAACGUGGUGGAGAGCGGUAAUUUGCCUCCUCUUUCAUCCCCUGGCGAUCGCCAGCUUCUUUACAGGCCUGUCACAAUUGAGGCAAACGGGCGAACUCGAAAUCAAAGCCCUCCCAUCCGCCCUGUCGGAGGCCGUUGCACUGGCUGCCCUCGACUCAUUGGUUUACGGCUCAGCGACACUCAUCCAUGCUGCUUUUGCAUAUACACCUCUUUGGCAUAUGUGUUUCAUAAUUUCUCGGGCCAAACAGAUUCAAAUUAAAACCAAAAAGGAGUAAUGAAUCAACAUGUAAAUUAUUGUGAUAACUGAACCUUAAUUCUGUGUUUAAUAAUAGGUUUGUUAAUUUUUUUUUAAAUAAAACCUUUCUUUUGUAGCUUUUGA